AUGGACUCUACAGAGUUCAAGCGCCUCAUCAACGCUCUUCCAGCACUACCACCUUCACCUUUUCACCAGUUCUUUGAUACCAACUACACGCCGAGCGACCUCGAGAUUUCCGAGAUUCGAUUUCUAGUCCAAAAUGUCAAAACCCAGCUAGCGCUACUCGACAAUUACAGAGAACAACUAUCCCAUUAUAUCGACAAGCACGCCGCGCUGGCCUCCCCCAUUCGACGAAUCCCCGACGACAUUCUUCGCGAGAUCUUUAUCGCGUCACUUCCGCGUACCCCUACGUUCUCCUCCACGGAACCACCACACACCCUAGGAUGGGUUUGUCGAAGAUGGCGAGAAGUUGCGUUGUCCACCCAGAGAUUAUGGUCUACUGUCUACGUCUCCAUGCCCUGCGAGUCGAAUCCAGCGGCAGACAGGCUAGCCCGGCUGCGAUGUUCUGCCCUUCAGACAUGGAUAGAACGAUCGAACCCCAUACCCAUACGUCUAUGGCUUGUCGACUACCCGAGUGGCAUCGCUCAAACAUUCUUACAGCCGUUCACGCACCGCAUCGGGGAACUGCGACAAGAACUAUACGAACCGAAUCACAGUACCUUUCUUCUUCAACUGGGACGCUUUCAGAACCUCCGUUCCGUGUCAGUUGUUAACGAAGCAGAGGAGGAAGACGUUGCGGUAUUGUGCGAUCCCGAGCUUUUGGUUCGAGCACCCAACCUGGAGGCCAUAUCCUGCCGCGGGAUGGCGUCUUCCCCAUUCCAGUACGCUUUGAACUGGUCUCGGAUGACGACUUUCCGUUGGACGACCCACAAUAGACAUGCCUUCCUCUCCAACGAGCAGGUACUCAGAUUGUUGGAAUCCAUGCCAUCGCUCCGAGUCUGCAGAAUCGGGCAGUUCAAUGCCCCCAGGCCAAGGAACGAAGAUGCACAGGUUCAGCGGGUCAUCGCCCUUCCUCAGCUGCAGGUCCUGUGCCUGUAUCAAUCGGAAGGAGGCCCUAUGACUGUCAGUCUCCUCUGCCACGUCGACGCACCCCUUUUGCACCGCCUUUCCUUCUCCUUCGUGCCACCCAUAUCCCUACGGUCCACUCCGAUAAAGGCCCAGUUACUUCGGCGAGUCGAAGUACUUAUAGAGUCCUACACAAGCAAGGAGAUCAUCGACCUCAUCUCAUCCAUGGAUUCACUGGAAGAUUUGAUCUUGAAAUAUCGACCCUUUCCGAUUCGGUCGCCUCCCGGAAACAUGUCCGAUGACGAAUGGACGGAGAACUAUGGUUUCAAUGAUGGUGUCCUGAAGGCCCUCACACCCACGAACGACGAUCCCAACUCCACGCUUGCCUGCCCACGACUUCACUCCUUGGAGAUCGACGACUUUAUGGUAGACCGGCCCCUAUUGACGACCGAGGCGUUCAUGGCCUUUAUCAUCGAGAGGAGUAGACACCCGAAAGCACAGACUUGUCUAGCUCGGAUCCAGCUUCGCUCGCCCGGCUAUGUUCCUGGAUUACGGGCCGCACUUCAGACUUGGAUGCAGGCUGGGAACAAUCCUGUGAAGUUAGUGUUUAGUGGGCGUGAAAAUGAGGAAAUAGAAGAAAGGCCCCGGUAUCCUCAAGAUCCACCUAAUACGGAGGUAUUCGACGAUUGGUAA